AUGCCAACCAAGGCUCUUGGAGAGACUCUUAAUGAGUACGUCGUCGUUGGACGCAAAAUCCCAACCGAGAAGGAGCCAGUGACUCCAAUCUGGAAGAUGCAAAUUUUCGCUACCAACCACGUUAUCGCCAAGUCUCGUUUCUGGUACUUCGUCUCCAUGCUCCGUCGUGUGAAGAAGGCCAACGGAGAGAUUCUCUCAAUCAAGCAGGUGUUCGAGAAGAACCCAGGAACCGUCAAGAACUACGGAGUCUGGCUUAAGUACGAUUCCCGUACUGGACACCACAACAUGUACCGUGAGUACCGUGAUACCACUGUCGCUGGAGCUGUUACUCAGUGCUACCGUGACAUGGGAGCCCGUCAUCGUGCUCAGGCUGAUCGCAUCCACAUCCUCAAGGUCCAAACCAUCAAGGCCGAAGACACCAAGCGUGCCGGAAUCAAGAUGUUCCACGAUUCCAAGAUCCGCUUCCCACUCCCACAUCGUGUCACCAAGAGAAAGAACCUCAACGUUUUCACGACUGCUCGUCAAAACACCCACUUCGCAUAA